AUGUCGGUCAAGCUGACGGGUUGGAGAAAGAUGGGAAAAGUCAGUCCAGCAGGAAGAUAUGCAGCCACGAUGCUGCAGGAUCGGGGGAAUCGCAGAGCGGACGAUGACUCGGGAUCGCGGUCGAAAAGAAGUGAAUUCGGAUGCCGCCACACAGGAAUCAGGAAAUCGAGUGUCGAGUAUAUUAAACGAGUCGACCCGCCACCAAAGAUAGUAACCGGCUCGUAUGGAACAGUGGCGACCCGACGGCCUGGAACAGUCAGGUGA